AGUGCUGCUCAGAGCCCGCCAGCCACGGUCUCGGGCGCCAGCUACGCCGCGGCCGCUGUCACUAUGGCUCAUUACAAAGCCGCCGACUCGAAGCGCGAGCAGUUCCGGAGGUACUUGGAGAAGUCGGGGGUGCUGGACACGUUGACCAAGGUGUUGGUAGCCCUAUAUGAAGAACCAGAAAAACCUAACAGUGCUUUGGAUUUUUUAAAGCAUCACUUAGGAGCUGCUACGCCAGAAAAUCCAGAAAUAGAACUGCUUCGCCUAGAAUUGGCAGAAAUGAAAGAGAAAUAUGAAGCUAUUGUAGAAGAAAAUAAAAAACUGAAAACAAAGCUUUCUCAGUAUGAACCACCUCAGGAGGAGAAGCGUGCUGAAUAGGAUUCUUCUCAGUUGAAAAGACACUGAAAAUGGUUUUGUAUGACUUGAAUAGUUUGUAUAGUAUAUAAUCUUUUCUGAACAGAUGCUAUAGAACUCUUUUAAUAUGUUAAAUUCACUUAUCAUACUCUAAUUGUUAUAAACACAUAGAAUCACCAAUAAAAACUCAAUAUAACUUUCUUUGGGUCUUAAAGCAGGAGAAUCUAAAGUAAAUCCUGAAAAAAAUCUAAACAGCCAUCUAAAUAGUUCUCAUUACCUUAAAAGAUGUCUGAUUAGUAAUGAUGGUACUGGUUAUAUUUUAGCCAAGGAAGUUUAGCAUGGAGCUAUUCCUUGGUUUAGUACAGAAAAUGAGCACAGGUACGGUCAUUCUUUAAAAUUAAGAUGACACUGUUUAUAUUCCCUGUUGGCAGCUGGAGAGAUCUGUGUGGCAUAAGAUGCAUUUGCACAGGUUCCCAUUAAUCCUCUGCUCUUGUUUAUAUAAUGCAGAAUGAAUAACUCUUCUUUGCCACCACUUUGCCUUAGAUAACCAUGUGUGUGCCAGUUUGAACUCUGACACCACGUUUCCCUUCUAUGCAAUCAUGUCCUAUCUGAUAAAGUUGCCUUGCUUUGCUUUGUGCUUCAGUGGGUCCUAGUUGCACAUUGGCCUUUCUGUGUUAAUUGUUUUUCAAUUUGCUCUAACAGCAGUUACCCUGAUUGUAAUUUAUAUAACUUUAAACAGUAUCACAUUGUUCCCCUGCCUUACCCUUAGGAAAACUGCUUAGUUGAGCACAGAACAGAGGCAAUAUAAAAUUCUGGGUUCACGCACAGCUGGUAUGAGAAGGGGAAUGAGCCAUAUAUCAUGGAAGAUUAUAGUUUGUGGGUAUAAUUAUUUAGUGCUUUUUCCCUCAAAGUAUUUUUCUAGCCUUGAAUUCAUUUUGUCUUCACUAUCCCUGUGAAGUAGGUAGGGCACAUAUGAAGGGAGGUUGGGUACUGAAUUUUUAGGCCAAAGACUGAUAAAAUACAACCAUCUACUAAUUGUAGAACCUUGGCAUGUCAGUUAAUUGCUCUGAGAUUCACUUUCCUCAUCUGUUAAAUGAGAAGAAUAUUUGUGCUGCCUACCUCACAGGGUUGUUGUGAGGGUCAAAGGAGAAUGUAUGUGAAAGACUUGUAAAUGGUAAAGCACUAUAUGUACUUGUUUGUUAGUCCUUUUUCUUUUCUUUUGGAAGACCUAUAGUCAGAUGUUUUGUUUUAUACAUCAUUUAUUUUCCUCAUUGAUUGACUGUCAUUAUUAAGAAGUAGUCCUAUUCCAUAUAUUCUGUCACUGUUGUUAGAGAACCUAUCUUUAUUUUUUUGGCCAAAACACACAUAGAAAACAAAAGUAAUCUAAUGAAAGCUGGUUUAACUAGCAAAAGUCUCAGCAUCUGCUGGAAACUGAGACCAAAUCAGUUUUCAGGGAAUUUUUAUCAGCAUACUGGCAAGAAUGUUGCCAAUGAUCUGUGCCUCUUCUAGUCAGAAGUUUGUUUUGGGAGAAGUGCAGAUAUUGAUGGAAGAAUCUUAACCUGAACUGAUAUCUCUCUUAUCACUUUGAAUGCCUUCUACAAGGAGAGCAGUGGGCUAAGUGCUGGGCAUUAUCAAGUCGAAUGACCUGGAAAUAUAAGACAUAUAUAUAAGCAAUUGCAAUAUGAGAUAGGAUGUGCUAAGAACCAUCAAAUAAUAAAACAUGGCCCCAUGUCGGUUUUGGAAGAGAGGGAGACUUGGCUUCUUUAAGAAGUUCGUCCUUUUGUCAAUAAAGACAAGUGGAAAUUA